AUGGCUCCGCAAGCCGGCUCCUUUGGAGAUAUGAAACUUUUCAUUGCCACAUGUUUGGCUCUGCUGGCUUGUGCGGCUGCUGACGUCUCCCACCUGGGCGGUGGCUACAAUUAUCCUGCUCCGAUACAUAUAGAUGUGCGUUCGCAACCAAUUGUACCACAAAACAGCUACGUUCCACCACCGCCACCAGCGCCAGCACCAUCCCAGGGUUACAGCUAUCCCGCGCCAGUUCAUGAGGCUGUGAAAUCGCAACCAAUCGCUCCACAAAACAGCUACGUUCCACCACCAGCGCCAGCCCCGUCCCAGGGUUACAGCUAUCCAGCUCCAGUGCAUGAGGCCGUGAAAUCGCAACCAAUUGUACCACAAAACAGCUACGUUCCACCUCCACCACCAGCGCCAGCCCCGUCCCAGGGUUACAGCUAUCCAGCUCCGGUUCAUGAGGCUGUGAAAUCGCAACCAAUUGUACCACAAAACAGCUACGUUCCACCACCACCGCCACCAGCGCCAGCGCCAGCACCAUCCCAGGGUUACAGCUAUCCAGCUCCAGGCUAUAGUUAUCCAGCUCCAGUACACCACGAAAUUAAAUCGGAACCUAUUGUCCCACAAAACACUUACAUUCCACCUUCAGCUUCACUCCAUCAGGAUGGCUACCAUUAUAAAACCGCUCGUCGAGUUGUUUACAGACGCCGUUUCCGAAUUUAAAAUGUUCAAAUCUUCUAUGAAUGUUGUUGACUGAUUUUGUUUUGAAAAUCCCACUAAAACGUAAUAAAUUUUG